AUGCACGAACUCAAACCUCUGAUGCUCCCCAAGCUUGUCGCCGCACGCAAAUCCUCACAGACUUCACUCAACAUGUCUGCUGAGCCGACUUCUUCGAUAUAUUCCAACACCGACUCUGGGUUUUGGUCUACAUCGUCCGAGUGCUCUACGCCGCCCACGCCAAGUAAACGUUCGCGUGGGCACUUUCGCUUCCCAAGCUCGACCUCAACACUGUCGUCGAGUCCGCCCACGCACGAAGCCAUUGAGCCCCCAAACAGCUCGGGCAAGUUGCCCAAGCUUACUGAGGAGCCAGUCGAGCGCGAGUUCGACUAUGGCAGCGAGGAGCCCUACCGGUGUUCUUGCGACUCGUCUUUCGACCACAUGCGCGAGUGCUAUGUGUCAAGGGCCUAUGAUCCAGAGGACGGAUACGACGGUUACUCCACCAUCAGCCAUGACACCGAGAUGCGGCUGGCAAAGCGACGCCGGUCUAUUGAGGCGUCUGCGCACAGCAUCGCCGGAAAAUUCGAGAGACGCUUUCCCUCGUUCUCGCGCAAAGUGCGCGAUCGCAACUCCAACCUGAGUAGAGUCUCACGCAGCGCGACGCCAUCGAGAGUCCCGUCAACGCGAUCGUCCUCGAUGGCCAGCUCUCAGCACCAUCCAUCAGCGGUCGACCUCAGCGAGAGCUUCACCUCAGCACCAGCGAGCAGAGAAGAACUCAACGACAAUUUACCAACACCAAUGGCAAUCGAUGUUGGAAAGGCCAAUGCAUACGAGAUCGACCCCAAGCAAAUCGAGGCCGAACGCUACGCAACUACGCCUCUACUGCCCCCGCUCAUGGUCAACUGCCGUAACGAGGCGCCCACUUCAUCACCAUUACAAUCGCCUGCAGUUGCCGACGCAAGCCAAUCUGUCGCGGCGACACCCGUGGACACACCACUUGUCCGUGGAUAUCUCACACCACCACUGUCAUCCAAGCCAUCAGUUGCAUCUUUCAAGGGUCCACGUGCCGGCUACAUGGUACCAUCGUCGGAUAUCCCGCCCAUGAUGCUCGCCGACCCAAAUGACAAAUGGGCUAACGCUCUGGGCCACGCGAACUUCACCAUUCUUCCGGAACCCUAUGUCCCUGAGAUCUGCCACGCGCAAUCUGUCAGACAACUCUUGGACGACUGGCAGCAAGCACGCAACAACUACGCAAAGCACCAAGUGCGAACCGCGGAACACUAUGGCGCUACCUCAAAGUACUACCUUUUGACAGAGCGGAAGUGGGCCGAGAUCGAUGCCGAGUGGAAAAAGAACCACGAUCUGGCCAAAUCUCACGCAGUCGCCAUUGGCCAAGAACUCGAACCCACAUCCCCGAUGGAGCCAGAGCCUCUUAGCAAGAUGCCGACUCUGAACGACCCGAAGAGCCAGGGCAAGUUCCCUAAGCUCGGCGACGAAGACAUUGUCGGCCCCAUGUUCCAGUUCAAAGAGUCACCAUUGUUCCAGAAGCCUCCAUCGAAGAAGCGCGCGUUCUUCAAAUUCCUUAGCGACCUGAAAUUCCCUGGUUCGCUACUUGGACGGUCUUCCACUGGCGUUCGUGGCUACUAG